UCUGCAGGUCUUGUGAUGGAGUGUAUUAUUGGAAUUGCUUUUAAAGACUUUGUAAUUAUUGCUGCAGAUUCCAGAAUAAACUUUUCUAUCAUAACACUAAAAGGCGAUGCUGACAAAAUGUUCAAAUUAAGUAAUCAUAGUGUUAUGGCUGUCUGUGGUGAGGCUGGCGAUGCUGUUCAAUUUGCUGAAUUUAUUCAACAAAACAUGCAGCUGUACGAGAUUAGAAAUGGUUAUGAGUUGACACCUUAUGCAGCUGCAAACUUUACUAGGAGGAAUUUGGCUGAAGCUCUUCGCAGCAGGACUCCGUACAAUGUUAAUUUGCUACUCGCUGGUUACGACCCGAAGGACGGACCUCAGUUGUACUAUAUGGAUUAUCUGGCUUCCAUGAUUAAUGUACCGUAUGCUGUACAUGGUCAUGGCGGCUUUGUUGCUCUUGGAAUUUUGGAUAGCCAGUACGAUCCUUCGAUGAGCGUCGACAGUGCGUUAGAACUUCUGGAAAAUUGCGUCCGUGAGCUGAAAAAACGAUUUGUUGUUAACAACGAUCGGUUCUCUGUUCGCGUCGUGAAUAAGGAAGGAAUCCAACACCUGCCUGACCUGGUUUAA